AUGGAGGCUGGCGGAGGCCGGUGGUCGCGUGACCUGGGCCGGUGGAUGUUCGGCUAUUCUGUUUAUGUACCCUCCAUUUUAUUUCCCGGCGACCAGACCUCCGACGACGAACCGCGAUUCGACCUCCGAGCUCCAACCUCCAGGCGUGACGGCGAACCCAACCGAGCCACACCCCAUUCUCGGCGAGCCAUUUUCAGCAGUCCAAGCAGCAAGGUCCGGCGAGAGCGGCAAACCCGGCCCGACGACCCAAGUUCCGAUUUUCCGGCGAUCAUCUCCGCGUGCGAUCCGAUAACCACCACCAGCAGAGAGACCGAGAACGGCAUCCAAGGCCCUUGUGCCACCUGA